AACUCACGGCAGCCUAGUCCCAGGCAGCAGAAAAGACAGAAGCUAAUAGGUUUAGGCUACCAGUUUUGCCUCCCUCCAAUGCUUCUUCUGCCCCUUCCUGCCUGAGCAUCAUGAAGAAACUCAGAAAAACCCAAGCCAACAAACUGGAUGAGUUCAUCGAAGACCACCUCCUGCCACACAAGGAGUUCCGAAGGCAGGUCAAUGAAGCCAUUGACAUCAUCUGCACUUUCCUGAAGGAGACGUGCUUCCAAGAGGCCGCCCACUCUUUUCGGGUGUCCAAAGUUGUGAAGGGCGGCUCCUCAGGCAAAGGCACGACCCUCAAGGACCUCUCAGAUGCUGACCUCGUCGUCUUCCUCACCAAUUUCACAAGUUUUCAGGAGAACUUUAAGCACCGAGUAAGAUUCAUCAAGGAAAUUAGGAGACAGUUGGAAGCCUGUCAAAGAAAGAAAAAACUUGAAGUGGAGUUUGAGGUCCAGAAGCAGCGAAAGAGGAAGCGGCGUGCUCUCAGCUUCGUGCUGAGAUCCCCCUUGUUCUGCCAGGGGGUAAAGUUUGAUGUCCUGCCCGCCUUUGAUGCCCUGGCUAAGUACUCCCAGUCACAAGGUAUUUCAGUCUUUGUCCUAUGUCAGGGAUUCUUUCUUUCUUUCUUUCUUUUUUUUCAUGGUUUUGAGCAGAAAUCUCCCUCAGUUCAAGAGCCUUUUAAAACAUCCCGUCAACACAGGGAGGAGAUCUUAGUAUCUCAGAGCAAGAUAAUUAGCCACCAUGACAAUAUUAAACAGCAAAUUGGUACAAAUUCGGGGAAUGAGAUGAUGACUCGCUCUGACAAAAACCGAAUAUGGGGAUCCAAAAGAGAGAGGUGGGGAUCAGAGGACUUUCACAGACAGGGUGACAAGAAAGACAAAAGAGGAGAUAGGUCUCACCAUCCGUGUGGGCCACUUUGCGGACCUGGAAUUUUAUCCAAAGGUCCUAGGAAGCAAGAAGUGGACGGAUCAGGUUUAAAGGGCUCUGUAUGGGCUGUGGAGGAUCCAGGGAGGAGGGUGCCACCACCUCUGCUGAGUCCAGCUCAGGUGACUGAAGAUUACAAACCUAACCCUCAAAUCUACGUCCAGCUCAUCCAAGAGUGCGAGAACCUGAGGAGAGAGGGUGAGUUCUCCCCCUGCUUCACGGAGUUGCAGAGAGCCUUCCUGAAGGAGCGUCCGGCCAAGCUGAAGAGCCUCAUCCGCCUGGUGAAGCACUGGUACCAACAGUGUAAGAAGAGACAUGGGAAAAAACUGCCCUCACAGUAUGCCCUGGAGUUGCUAACUAUCUAUGCCUGGGAGCAGGACGGCUCUAAAACAAAAUUCAGGACAGCUGAAGGAUUUCGGACUGUUUUGGAGUUAGUCCUGAAGCAUCAGGACCUCUGCAUCUACUGGAAAAAGUAUUAUGACUUUGAAAACCCUAUUAUUACACAAUGCCUGAAAAGACAACUGGAAAAACCAAGGCCUGUGAUUCUGGACCCGGCUGACCCGACUGGAAAUGUGGCUGGUAGAGAGCCACAGAGGUGGCAGCUGCUGGCACAGGAGGUUACAGUCUGGCUGAGGUAUUCGUGCUGUAAGAACUUGGAUGGGACGCCAGUGAGCACCUGGAACGUGCCAGUGACACCUCCUCAUUACUUACCUGACCUGAAAUUGAUGCUCCUGCUCUUUGUCGCUGCUCUCAAUGUGUCUUCAUACACUGAAUUUUUCUGUUUCGCAUUUGCGGACCACGACAAGGAAUCUAGCAGAGCCUCAAUGGAGGGAACAUACUCGGCUGAGGGUCCCAGCUACUGCCCUCCAGUGACCCAGACCCACACAAGCACCUCUGCCACCACCCUCAAGGUAGGUGUGGGCUCUUCAGCAAAUCCUAGCUGUGAUGAUGACCCGAGAUGCAGGCAGCAGAGGAGACUGAAGCUCACAGGUUCAGGCAGCAGCUCCGCCGCCUCUGGCUCUCCAGUCCCCAGUGUCAUGAUGAAGCUCAGCCAUACCCCGGCUGAGUCUCUAGACAAGUUCAUCGAAGUCCACCUCCUGCCAAACGAGGAGUUCCGCACGCAGGUCAAACAAGCCAUCGACAUCAUCUGCACUUUCCUGAAGGAGAGGUGUUUCCAAUGUGCCCCUCACAGAGUUCGGGUGUCCAAAGUUGUGAAGGGUGGCUCCUCAGGCAAAGGCACAACCCUCAGGGGACGAUCAGAUGCUGACCUCGUCGUCUUCCUCACCAAUCUCACAAGUUUUCGGAAACAGCUUGAGCGCCGAGAAGAAUUCAUAGAAGAAAUCAGAAGACAGCUGGAAGCCUUUCAAGGAAACGAAACAUUUGAAGUGAAGUUUGAGGCCCAGAAACGGCCGUGGGAGAUUCCCCGUGCUCUCAGCUUUGUGCUGAGGUUCCCCAAGCUCGACCAGGAGGUGGAGUUCGAUGUCCUGCCCGCCUUUGAUGCCCUGGGUCAGUUGACCAAAGGUUACAGACCUGACCCUCAAAUCUACGUCCAGCUCAUCCAAGAGUGUGAGAACCAGAGGAAAGAGGGCGAGUUCUCCCCCUGCUUCACAGAGCUGCAGCGAGACUUCCUGAGGAAUCGUCCAACCAAGCUGAAGAGCCUCAUCCGCCUGGUGAAGCACUGGUACCAACUGUGUAAGGAGCAUGAGAAUAACCUGCCCCCACAGUAUGCCCUGGAGCUGCUGACCGUCUAUGCCUGGGAACAGGGAAGCGCAAAACCAGAAUUCAGCACAGCUCAGGGAUUUCGGACUGUUUUGGAGUUAAUCCUGAAGCAUCAGGACCUCUGCAUCUACUGGAAAAAGUAUUAUGACACUGAAAACUCUUUUAUUAGACAAUACCUGAAGAGACAACUUGCAAAACCCAGGCCUGUGAUUCUGGACCCGGCUGACCCGACUGGAAAUGUGGCUGGUAGAGAGCCACAGAGGUGGCACCAGCUGGCACACGAGGUUAGAUACUGGCUGAGCUAUUCGUGCUGUAAGAACUUGAAUGGGAUGCCAGUGAGCACCUGGAACGUGCCGGUGAGAACUCCUGAUUUCUUCAUGUGACCUGAUAUCGAUGGCAUGUUGAGAUAACAACUUCUAGAAAUGCUACUUAAAUCAAAUGGAGUUUCAUCUCGGUCUUUGUAUUCUUUCAUUGUGCUUACUAGAAUAUGUAGAAUUACACCUGUGUCUGCCCCAGAAUGAAUCACUGGGUUAGACAGCAAGCUUACCGAAUUACAUUGCCACCCUGCCUUGGUACCAAAACCAACGUGUCGUCGACAAAAGUCCAUUCCAGAAAAACUCCCAUAAGGACACACAAAAGAUCAAGAUGUUCUUACUGUCUGAGUCACUGGUCACCUAAGUGGCUGGAAGACAGCCUUUGGCUUCUCCAUACUGCUGUUCCUCCUUUGAGGCCUCCAGCAUCCCCGUGAGAUGGGUUUUACUCUGAUUCUCAUAGUAAUACAUUGAGACAUGGCCACUCACUCAGAGUCCCCUGAUGAGUGAGAGACGAGAGUGUGAAGUUGAACCCUGGUCCUUCUGGCUAUGAAGCUCCUGCUCUUUGUCGCUGCUCUCAAUGUGUCUUCAUACACUGAAUUUUUCUGUUUCGCAUUUGCGGACCACGACAAGGAAUCUAGCAGAGCCUCAAUGGAGGGAACAUACUCGGCUGAGGGUCCCAGCUACUGCCCUCCGUGAUCCAUCUGCACGUUGACACCAAGCCACGCCGCCUACCUGCAGCUCCCAGACAAUGACCACGGGUGCCAGAGACACUCAGGCAGCCCCAUUCCUGAGAGUCAGGGGAAGCUCUGACAUGGAACAUUGGCGAAAGGACUCUCCACGACCUUGCUGGACCUUGUCUUGACUGCAGAGGCAACUGCAGGGUUCUUCUUUCUUGCCUUUACCCAGAGUCAGAUUAGAUCAGGGUUGUCAGCUUUCGCAGCUUCCAUAAGAUCCCUGAUCAUUGUCUCUCACCUGGGUGUUUCCCCAAAGAACAAUCUCCCACAUUGAAUCUCACAUUGGCAUCUGCUCCUUAGAGUGACCCAGACCCACACAAGCACCUCUGCCACCACCCUCAAGGUAGGUGUGGGCUCUUCAGCAAAUCCUAGCUGUGAUGAUGACCCGAGGUACCAUCCUGGUCAUCCUCAGCCAUCACCUCUUCUCUUGUCACUGCCUACGAGGUGGCUCCUAGAUGAAGCCACCAUCUCACCCUCUCCCCACCCCAUCUCAACCCUCAUUCCUGCUCCUUGGCCGGGGCUUCUGUGUUUAUCCUUUCUAUAUUUGUGUUCUCAGAGGCUUUGACAUCUGGGCCCUGCUGAUCCUGGAGAGACUGCCCUCCCGGGGUUGGCUGUUUCCUAGACACAGCCAGCAGCUCACUGUUGGCCUUUCCCAUGCAAACCUGUCGAGCAUUUCCUCUCUGCUCCACUGCCCAGACUCAGAGCCAGUCUGAGCCACAACCCACCCUGCCCCACUCAUGCUGGGACCAGGUACCAGAUGACUCAGGAAACCCCUUCCUCUCCACAGCCCUCUUACACUAUUCAUACUUGCCGUCCAAAGACUGCUUUCCCUGCCUCGUCUGCCUUUCCCAGAGAAAUGACCAUCAAGGUCUUGGCCUUGUUUUCCUCUAACUCGGUCUGUCUCAUGGAAGACCUGGGGGUUCCCGUGUGGCCUGGACACAGGAUGACAGGCUGUGUCUCCUGUUUCUAGGGACCUGGGAGGACCAUACUUGGUCACUGAUUUAAACAUGAGAGUGAGAAAUAUUUUUGUUUUUUAAACAAGAGGAAGAAUCCCAAAGUAUCUCCAAAAUUUGGGACCUUUUCUUUUCUGUCUCAAUUUCCAUGUCUGUGUCGAGUCUUUCUGAAAAUGGGAUUCUACUCCCCAUGGGGUUUUGUUACCACGGUGUUAUCUUUAGCACAUGUAUCUCUUCAUGUGGAGAGGACACGUUGGAAUCACAUGCAGUUACCAUGUGGGUGGUCCACUUGUAUUGUUUUCUGAGAGUGUUUCAGAAUUGUACAUAAAGCUACAGUCACUAGUAGAUGAAUUGAACUGGUAAAUAGUUGCUCAGUUGAAGAGCCACAUGGAUCCUCUGGUGGAACUAUUGUGAAUUCUUGAGGAACUCUCCUACUGUUUCCAUAGUGAUUGCACCAAAUUGCGUUCUCAGCAAGAGUGGUCAGGAGUUCCAGGCCUUCCACAUGCUCACCAACACGAGUGUCCUUUAGCAGGUGUAACAGCUAUGCUAACAGGUAAAAGCGAUGUCUUAUGAUUUUGAUUUCCAUUUCCCAGGUGAUUCAUAAUAUUGAGUACGGGAAUUCGCUGGGGGUCCAGUGGUUAGGACUGGGUGCUCUCACUGUCGGGGUCAGGGUUCAAUCCCUGGUUGGGCAACCAAGAUCAGGCAAGCUACACAGUGUGGCCAAAAUAAUAAUAACGAUGAGCAUCUUUUCCUAUACCUGUUGGCCAUUUGUAAAGCUUCUUUAGAGAAAUAAAAAUUCAAUCUUUAGCCCAUUAUAUAGUUAGGAUAUUUGUCCUUUAGCCAUUGAGUUGUCCAAGGCACUCAUUAUUUUGCUAAUUAACCCCUUAUGAGAUUUGUGGUUUGCAAUCAUUUCCUCCCUUUCCGUUACCUUUGCUCCCUUUCAUUCAUACAUUUGUUUUCAUUUUUAAUUUUGGAGUAUAGUUCAUUCGCAUUGCGUGUUGCUUUGAAUGCAUAGCAAAGUGAUUCAGCUACACAUCUAUCUAUUGUUUUCCAUCAGUUACCUUUUGACUUCACUGGGUUUGGUUUUGUUUUGUUUUUUUUUAAUUUGCUGGGCAGAAGCUUUUUAGUUGGAUUAGUUCCCCUUUGUCUAUUUUUGCUUUAUUGUCAGUGCUUUGCUUACACAGUCAACUACUCUUGGGCAAGAUUGUCAAGAAUAUACAAUGAGGAAAGGACGGUCUCUUCAAUAAAUUGAGCUGGGAACAUUGGAUAUGCACAUGCAAAAGGAUAAAAUCACACCUUUUCUUCCAGCAUGCACAAACAUCAACUCAGAACAGAUAAAGACCUGAACGCAAGAGCUGAAACUGUAAACCUCCUAGAAGAAAACACAGAGGGAAAACUUCAUGACAUAGAUUUGGCAAUGACUUUAUGAAUGUCCUAUCAAAACACAGACAGACGGGUAUGAGUUGGGGGUCCCGCACUAGUUCUUCUAUGUGGAUGCCAAAUAUUCCAGCAGCACUUGCUGAAGGGACCGUCCUUCCCACUGUUCUGCAGAAGCACCUCAGACAUAUGUCCGGGGUCCUCUGUGUGUGAGCCUGUGUUGUCCCAUUGGUCAGCUUCUGUGUCCUUGAGUUAAUACUACCUUGACUAAUGAUGAUAUCCUGAUAUUCUCAGUGUCUUGUAGAAAACUGUGUUCUAUCCAAACGAAUGUUUUCUCUUGGCUUUUUCUAUGAUAAUAUUAUACUCAGUUUGUGAAUUUUCACCCAAAAUACAGGGAGGCAUUUGAUUAGAAUUCCAUAAAUUAGUUCAGGGAAAAUGACAUCCAUGUAAUAUUGACAAUUCCAGUCCACAAACUUGGAACUUCUUUCCAUUAAUUGUCUUCUUUAAUUACUCUGUAACUACAUUUUAUAGUUUUUCCCUGCAUUGCUAGUACAUAUAUUUUGUCAUAUUAUUCCUAGAUAUCCAUUUUUAUACUACUGUACUUUCUUUAAUUUCCUUUGCAAUGUUGGUUUCAGGAAGACCUCAAUGUUUUCAGUGGCUAUGUGGAUUAUAGUAUGAUGAGUGAGCUUUAUACUUUUCUUAACUUUGUGGUUUUAUUGUAUUUUGCUGUAAAUCUUUAUUGCUUGUAUGACCACAAGAAACAAUAAAGCAUGUUCUUUCAAAA